GGCAAAAGUGUAAGUGUAUAUAUGUGAAAUGAGAGAGACCGUGCGACGCCGAAAGACAGAAAACCCUUUUCAAUCCAUCCAUCAUCAAUCGUAUCGAUCGAUCGAUCGAUCAAACAAUCAGAUAGAAUGCCACGGCACCGUUGCACAGUGUACUCCGAGAGCGAUUACGACGACGACGACGAUAACGUCACCAUGAGAUGUCUCUCUUGCGAGGACGAUUACGACCCCGACGACGCCGGUACCUGCAAAGAAUGCUACGACGAAGCCAACGAAACCGAAGAGGAGUUCAAACGUCAGAUCCAAGACCUCAAAUCCAAAGUCUCCUUCCUCACUCUCGCUUCUCCUCUUGAUGCUCCUUCCACCACCGAUCUUGUCCUUCUUCCGUCCGGUGAUAGUUUCUCUCCUUCCAUUCCCGCUCACAAGGCCGUUCUCGUUAGUCGCUCUCCAGUUUUCAGAGCCAUGCUUGAGAAUGAUAUGGAGGAAAGCCGAAGUGGCACCAUCAAGAUUGCUGAUGUAUCGUACGAUGCUCUUCGUGCUUUUGUUAACUACUUGUACACUGCUGAAGCAUGCCUUGAUAACCAAAUGGCAUGUAACCUAUUAGUUUUAGGAGAAAAAUAUCAGGUGAAGCAUCUUAAGGCGUAUUGUGAGAAGUAUUUGAUCUCCAAACUGAAUUGGGAGAAAGCUAUUGUCAACUUUGCCUUUGCACAUCAACACAAUGCCAACCAAUUGCAAGAUGCAGCUUUGGCAGUGAUCAUGGAGAAUAUGGACAACCUCACUAAAAAUGAAGAUUAUACGGAGCUGGUGGAAACUAAUCCUCGUUUAGUUGUGGAAAUAUAUGAAGCUUAUCUUGCCAAACAGGUUAAUACUGCAGCCACGCUAGGGUUAUAGGAAUGCGGUGUAGGAAGUUAUUGUAGUCAGCUUUAAGCAUGGUAGAAACUUAAGUUUGGAUUAUAUUCUUAGUGGGUGAUUACUCUGUGGUAGUAUUAAAUUGUACAUUCCAUAUACUGCUGUUACUACUACAGUUUAAGAUGCAUCUAGAGCAGUUGCCUCUCUAAGGCAUUGUUUACCCUUUGGAUUACCUUUUGAUUUCUGUGUUCUAAUAUCACGGCACUUUGGUUCCGGUGUUGAUAAAAAAGUAUGAACAUUGGCUUAAAAAGUA